CAACGCGCGCCAGACUAGCGCCAGACGCGUGUCCCCUUUCCGCUCGACCCAAUUCGACCCACUGCUGCCUUCCCCCCAAACAUGGCCGAACACAUCUCACCGCGGGUCAAUGCAGCUCGGCUUGGAGAAUUCAUUGGGCGCACCGUCCGCCUCACAUGCAAGGUGGUCAGGUCACAAGGCGAAACAGCUAUUGUCCAAGCGCCGGAUGGCGGAGAGCUCUCUGUGCGAGUAGCAAGGGACGUCAGCCUCGCCGUUCCGUACAUCGAAAUCAUCGGCACAGUCGUCGAUGCGGCGACGGUCAAAAUGCUUGCCUGUAUCGACCUCGGCGACGAACUAGAUAUGGACCUCGUGAAUGAUGCUGUAGAGCUGUGGCACGAUCCACGGUUUGCGAACAUCAUUUGAGAAAAGGGUGGCUGUACGGAUGCUUGCUUGUAUUUUUAUGUAUCAUCAUUCGUCUCGACGUCUGUUCUCUGGGGACCCAGACAUCGACAACGAUCCGUUGACGCCACGGAGGACCGAGGUCCAUGACAAUGUCCCAGGGCAAACUGAACGAGAUCUCCCGGACAGUGGCCACGUUCAACUUGUUCACAUCAGUGCAUCGCCUUCGACACGCUCCUCGACGACUGAAGCCGUGAUAACCCGUAUGUGAUGCCUACGCUGUGUAACAAACGCGGCUGGCUCAUAUGGGCGCUCUCGGCAUAUCUAAGUGUCAGCUUCGAUCGCGAGUAGGUAUUGGAUGUACGACCUGUGCCAAUCAGUCGAACUACUUGCACAGUCAGCCUAGCUAUAGGGCUGGGGCUGGCAUCAGCCGAAGAAUCUUC